GACACACAUAAUCGGUGCACCACGCACGCGUGGUGGGAGUGAAACCGUUCGCGGGAUCGGCGCGGCGAGGCGAAGGGCUGGCUCCGCUCCGCUCCGUUCCGUUCGGGGAAAACAGGUUCGCGCGAUAUCGUACCGUAUGUUCUCGCGUUUCUCGCCGCGACAUCGAGCGUGAUCGGCGCUGCCGAGAAUCUCGCGAAAGGGAGAACGAUCCACCGACGUCGUCUUGGCUGGCUCUCGUGCAGGUGUCCCUCCGAUCUGAUCAGCGCGCGCUACGCGACCGAGGAGGGGGCCCCGGGAGGCGGACGCGAUAGCCCGUUGGACGGAGAGUGUCGAGCGCGAGAGUGCGCGAGUGCGAUUAGUAGAGACGGUAGUAUAGAAGCUAAAAACGGCGUGAGUUCCGCAGGGCGGCGGAGGGGCAGUCAAUUUUCCACAUAGUACCGUUUAUAUACAGUGUGCGUGUGUACGUGUGUAUAGGUGUAUGCAUACGCGCGUGUAUCGCGUCGUCACGGAACGGAUCGUCGCGUCACCGUUGUGGUGCUGAUCGCUUAGCCGAGAUCGCGGCCCCGACUUCAGGCAGCUCGCGGACGGAGCAUCCGGAGUCGCGGAGUCCGUUCGAGACGCGCGAUUCAUCGAAUAAAUAUAUAUACAGGGAAAGCUGGCAGCUGCGGCUGUCGUCUCCGGAUUGAAAGGUGAACAUCAGCCGUGACGGCGGCAGCGAGGGGCGACGUGAACGGAACGACUCGCGGGGAGAGGCAUACAUACACCGAGCGUGCGUAUGCUGCAAAAUCUGGAGAGGACUUCGCGAAUGGGGGCACGGCAGGUUGACGUAUGAAUGGUGUCGGGGUCACAGGGACGCACGCCGCCACGUACGUGAAUACACUUGACAAGAUGUCAACGACCACCACCGACGUCAUCAGCGACUUGGCGGAUCUCCCCAAGGAAGGGACGCCGAUCUUCUUGCAGACCCGCGCGGCCCAGGUCAUCGCCGGUGUGUUCGUAUUUGUAGCGCUUUUCCUCACUUGCCAACAGAUCUAUCAACAUCUGAGGUGGUACACGAAUCCCACGGAACAGAGAUGGAUAGUGCGAAUCCUGUUCAUCGUGCCCAUCUACGGCAUCUACUCCUGGUUGUCGCUAUUGUUCUUCAACAGCGAGAGCUACUACGUUUACUUCUUCACGGUGCGGGACUGUUACGAGGCGUUUGUUAUAUAUAACUUCCUGUCGCUAUGCUACGAGUACCUAGGCGGCGAGGGCAACAUCAUGUCCGAGAUCAGGGGCAAGCCGAUACGCUCCAGUUGCCUGUACGGCACCUGUUGCCUGGUCGGGAAGACCUACACCAUCGGCUUCCUGAGAUUCUGCAAGCAGGCCACCCUACAGUUCUGCCUGGUUAAACCAGUGAUGGCGUUCGUCAUCAUAUUUCUGCAAGCCUUCGGCCAUUACAGAGACGGCGAUUGGUCACCGGACGGUGGCUACAUUUACAUCACGAUAAUUUACAACAUCAGCGUGUCGCUCGCGCUCUACGGGCUGUUUCUGUUCUACUUUGCUACGAGAGACCUGCUGACGCCGUUCGAGCCUGUGCUCAAGUUUUGUACAGUGAAGAGCGUCAUCUUCUUGUCAUUCUGGCAAGGAGUACUGCUAGCUAUCUUGGAGAAAGCAAACGUCAUUUCGCCCGUUAUAAACAGUCUGGGUCAAUCAACAAGCGCUGGUACAGUCUCCGCCGGUUACCAAAAUUUCCUCAUUUGUAUCGAGAUGUUGUUCGCCGCUAUAGCUCUACGUUAUGCGUUCCCGUACCAAGUAUACGCAGCUGGCUGUGUUACCGACUCCAGGGGUAGAAGCGUGACGAUGCAAAGUAUUAGUAGCAGUUUGAAAGAAACGAUGAAUCCAAAAGACAUAAUGACCGAUGCCAUCCAUAAUUUCCAUCCACAGUAUCAACAGUACACUCAGUAUAGCGCAGGGGGCCCGAAAGGACAACGUGGUAUGCGAGUAUCCAGCUUCGAUCCGGACGAUCCGCAAAACAUGCCGGUGCCACCACCGCAAAGGCGAAACACCUCUCACCAGCGCGUCGCCACGAUUUCGCAAAAUUAUAACGAGAAAACGAUGUUACUGAGCAGCGACGAUGAAUUUCAAUAAGGCACACGGAAUAUACGGGCAAAUGUGUGAUUUACGCUUGAAAAUCGUAUCGACGUUACGUUACAACGCGAGACUUCCAUGAACCUCCAAGACAUCCUGCUUUCGAGGGAGAAAAAAUGCGAGAGAAAAGCGAUACGUUUUAAGCGAUUCGCGCGAAUUCAAUUAGGUAAGAACGUUCUCGCAGAUCUUAAAAAACGGGAGGGGGGGGGGGAGGGGAGAAAGGGGGGAAAAAAGACGUCGCGCGGGGCGUAAGAGUGCAUUGCGUUUCACUGUAAUAGUUCCAUAAUGUUACAUCCAUGUUAAUAUAUGUAUUACGUUAUAACAUUACGAGUAAAGAAAAAAAUAGUAUAGAAGAUAUUUAUUUUACUAUGCUGACGUGUGUUUGAGGCAGUGUUAUCCGUACACCCGUGGCUCUACUACGACACUGCAAAGAGAUAUUAACUGCACGAUAAUGCUUACUUCUACUCGGUAACGGAUAAGAAAAGGUAAUUGUAUAGUACUUAAUUUCACGCGCGGUAUCGCGGCCGCCUCCUUGGGAGUACCGUUCGUACGUAAGCGUGUCAGACACUUGUUUACACUUUUGUAUCUGUUUUUAUUUGCGCGUUUAUGCGUUUAGCGAACCUUGAGCUCGCGCAAUCUCGCGUAUUCGCCGGCUCGUUUGGGAGCGACGCGGGAACCGCAGGAAUGUUUGCGUCCCUCUGCAAAACUAUUCUCUUUUUUGGUCUGUUAAACAAAAAUUCGUACCGUGUAUAUAUUCACACCGAAGUAGAUUAGAUCUGAAAAAUGCGGAGAAGUUGAAGCGAGCUUUCCUUCUUACGCGGAAAAGCCUUUCGAUAUAAAAGAAAAAACAAAAAGAAGAUAUAUAUAACAAUUAAAUGCGCGAGAAAAGGACGAUCGACCCGAGCAGAUCGUGUCAGAUGUAAACGUUUGGUAUUCGGUGUCUUAUGUGUACAACUGUGUAUAAUCCUCAUAUUUUUUUUAAAAGCAUAAGAGACGAUCGCAAAGUUGACAAAGAUCUAUUUUAUAUGACAGCACAUUGUGCCGAAAUCUUUUGUCGCGCCGUUUAAAAACGAAAUGAAAAACGUGUAAAAAAAAUCUGUGAACAAAUUUUAUUGUCCUAUUACAUCUCGUAAUAAAGAUAAGACACAACUACAUGAA